CGAUCACUCACUCACUCACUGACUCCUCGUGGCGAGCGCAGAACAGGCAAACGCCCAUCUGGCCAGUUCGCUUGUUGGUCCUCCGCACGCCUCUCCAACUUGCCGUUCGCUUCUUCACUUUGUCCAUCGGCCAGAGCACCUUCGAGGCCUACCGAGCACCUCGUACACGCUUCAUAAACCCUUUUCAGCAAGUUUCACCCCACGACAAGCUAUGACAAAGUCCAACAGCACUACCCUCCCGCUUUAUCUGCGUGCUUCCCACCAAUCAUUCAACCCGAGAAACUAAAUGCAGCAAUUCUAGGUCCAUCUCCGGUUAAGCGUGUCAGUCCCAAAUGGCUGUUGACGUGGACAUUAACCUUCCCCCGGCCCAGAGCCCGACGGUCGGCUACGUCUCGACUCUCGCCGUUGGUCAGUCAAAAUCAGGGACGAGUAUAGACUCCUCCAAGUGAACGAACUGCCAAACCCUCCUGGGAAGAAUGCCCGUGGCUUGUCCAGGGUCAAAAUACAACCGACAUCUUAGUCAUGUUGUUGAAUCUCUCGGUUACCCCAUUACCCUUCUGAGAACGGAGUACAUACUUGGUAGUUGGGGGAGGCAUGAUUCUGGGUUGAAAGACAAGAACAUAAGAGAUAUGGGAUCCGCAGCUAGCACAUAUCAUCCACACUCCCAAGUCUUGACUAUGUAAUCGUUCCUUGGCCUGCAUCCAGCAUGGCGCAACAAAAGCUUGUCUUCGUCCACCAACAUUCCACCACAUCCAUCCGAGACAAGGAGCUUCAGGUCGCCGAGGUUCGCUCUCAUAUAGCCAGACUCAUUCACGGUCGGAGAAGGCUUACGAAGCCCGCGCUUUUCUCCAGAAGAGGGACUUCUACACAUCUCAAUCUAUACUUGUCCAAGGCGGUCGCAAAGAAGCAUACCACCAAUGUCGAGCAUCGAGAGGCCAGAGAAGAUCCCACAGGGCACACCUCAAAGGAGAAAGCCGACAAGUCUUCCAAUUUGCGGGAGCACCUUUUUUGCCCGAGUCCUAGCACGUUGAUGCAGCACGGCAAUUCAGACCCCUUUUCUGCAUCCGCCGUCCAGAUCACUCCCCAGAAUCACUCCCUGAUCGCGACCUGGCAGACCAUCUUUGUCCAGACGGUCAUUCCGUCCGAGAUACAGAAGUCUUCCACAUCCCUCACGGUAUGGAAUACCGAAGGUAUAGAUAUGAUUGAGUGCGCUGAACGACUGCACUUUGUCCUGGCCUGGACAACGCUGCUGCAAUCGACGACAAUGCCGACCUUGCAGAUGAAGAAGCAGCUUAUGCUGGAAGCCCUGUCGCACAAGGCUGCCGGCAUAGUCACGCUGCGGAAGAAUCUGCCCACCUUGGCAAGGCUGACUGCAAUUCGUGCCGUUUGGCAUCUCAUGGGGGCUGAAUUGUACAGCGGUUAUUUGACAGCUGCGCUGACGCAUUUCCAUGCCAUGGUUGACCUUGUUGUAUCUGGAGGUGGGCUCGACAGUCUGCCGUGGGAAUUGAAGAAGCUGGUCAUCGUCAGCGACAUGACCAUGUCAGCUGCGAGGAAAACGAAACCCACUUUUAAAGUGGAUGAAUGGGAUCCUGGAUCAGUGACGACUGUCCUAUCCGAAUCCGAGACUGUCCUCCUUGCGAUUGACGUUUCCAAACAGCAACCCGUCUCUGUGAUGGUUCCACCGCGCCUGGUCCACAUUAUCGAGGCAUAUCGCGAACUCCUCGCCGUAUAUCGUAUCGUCGCCGACAUGACGGACACAUCGCGACUGACCGAUCUUCUUCUCUGGGCACACCUGCGGCAAUAUGCGCUGACGACUCGGGUGACUGACAUCAAAGCCACCAUAGACGAGCUUCCUGAGUCUACCAGCGGCAUUGAUGUGCAAAGGGCUCUGUGUGUGGCCAUUGAUUACUUCUCGCAAAUCCUCUGGAUCAAGAACAAUCCUCAGAGAACCGUUCUCGCUCCAUUUCGCCACUUGGAAGAUUCGUUCGAAAUCCUCCAACGUGCCGCUGAGCUCGAACCGUCCUCCCUGACAUUGUGGAUAAUUUUCGUUGCCGCGACCGUUGAACUUGUCCUCAGGCGUAGAGGGCACGGUAGUCGCUACUUCGCAGCAAGAUUCACCGCCACGACAACCAGAUUAGCGUUCAAGUCCGCAGAACAGGUCCGGCAGUCCUUGUCCUGCUUCUUGUACCAGGCCACGACGUUCGACUACUAUCUGAAUAUCCUGAUGAGUCCUACGCAGCAGGUUGAGGGGGGUGUACCAGUGCAUCUCAUCCAGAUGGGGAGCUUUGCGCCCAAGCCGCCACCCCAGGAUUCAGGUCUGGUAGACGUGUUCAAGCAGACCUUGACCAUCUCCUUUGGGCCGAAUCAGGGACAAGAGUCGGUCACGGUGCAGCUUGAAGAUAUCAGUUGAGGAUUAUUACCCGCUCAAACAUUAGAACCAAAUAGAACAAGCCCACGGUGAGGAUUACGAGCCCAUUUCCAC